GAACUAAUACCGAACAGUCGCGUAAUAGUUGAACAGCUUCUCUCUGAGCUCGACAUGAACAGUUUCGCUUAAAAGUCUCUAAGCUUUUUUUCUUUCCAAAUUCUCUCUUUCUUCAAACCCUAAUUCCAAACCCUACUCUAAAGAAAUCUACGUCUUUAAUUCAAGAAACUAAUAAAAUUGCAGAGCAAUGGACGCUCAAUACACUCACAGUUUCUUCGAACGACGCCCCAUUCUCAAAUCCAAAGCUCCCGCUGUUAAAUGGUAUAAAGAAUGGGUGCCCCAAGAUGUUGUGGCCACUGGUGGGAAGUGCCAGCUUUAUAGAUGGGUAAAUGAGAACACUUUAAGGGCCUUGAAAGAGAAGGCAAAGGAUCCAGAGGCUCCAGAGCCAGAACCAGAACCUACAACUGAAGUUCUAUUCCUUUGCAGCUAUGAAGGCUGUGGCAAGACCUUCAUUGAUGCUGGUGCAUUGAGAAAGCAUUCACACAUCCAUGGGGAGAGACAAUAUAUUUGUCACUAUGAGAAUUGUGGAAAGAAAUUUUUGGAUAGUUCAAAAUUGAAAAGACACUUUCUCAUUCAUACAGGAGAAAGAGACUUUGUUUGCCCUCAUGAAGGUUGUGGUAAGGCAUUCUCCUUGGAUUUCAACCUGAGGUCACACAUGAAAACACAUUCACAAGAAAAUUAUCAUAUCUGUCCAUACCCAGAUUGUGGAAAGAGAUAUGCUCAUGAAUACAAGUUAAAGAAUCACAUUUCAUCUCACCAUGAAAAGAAUGGGGCAGUGGAUGCCCCGAAAUAUGCUACACCUCCUGAGAGGAUAACAAAAACUCCCAAGAUUUCUGCGGCAGUUUAUGGCUCUGCAUCAUCUGACCGCCCUUACGCUUGUCCUUAUGAAGGGUGUGAGAAGGCUUACAUCCAUGAAUACAAGCUUAAACUCCAUUUAAAGAGAGAGCAUCCUGGCCAUGCAUUGGAUGAGAAUGCUGCGCAUAAUGCUGAUAAUGAAAUGGAUGAAGCUAGUGAUCAAGAUGCCUAUACUGGAAAGCGUGGGAGCAGCAAAGCUCAGAAACAAAGCCGGGCAAAACCAAACCUGAAGAUGCCUCCUUCGAAGAUCACACGGCGCAAAGGUUCAAGUCCAUCUCCUGCAACUUUGAGUGUUGUGAGAAAGUCAUGGCCUAUUAAAGAAGAAACUUUUGAGGAAGAAGAUAGUGAAGAAACCGAAGAAGACCGUGAUAAUGUUGAGGAUGGCUAUAGAUACGGCCAAACUAAUGAAGAUGACGAUGAGGAGACUGAAGAGGAAGAUUGAAGAUAUUUUCCUGCACCUUGGCAAAGUAGUUCUGUAUGUAACUCUGAUAAACAAAUUAUCCCUAGUCUUUUCUUUUUAGCUUUUUAUCAGUAGUCCAAGUCACCUACCCAUUUUCUGAUUGAAUACAAGUAAACCUCUAAGCUCUAAUAAUAUUGUAAUGUAUUAUUCUUUCUCCA